GUUUAUUAGGAACUUGUGAAAAACCCCCAAAAACACACAAGUCUUUGGAAACCUUUGGAGAAAAUCCAUGUCUUCUUCUUCAACUAAAAAGCACAGAAAAUCCAAUGCUUCUCCAUUGAUGGAACCUCCCCAUAACUUGUUUCCAUCGAAGCAAGAGUUCUUAAGACUUCUAACAGUCUUAGCAAUAGCAUCUUCCGUAGCUUUAACCUGUAAUUUCAUUACCACUUACUUCAAUCCCGCCCCCACAAACCCAUUUUGCGAUACCCAUUCCGAUUCCGAUUUAUCCUACCCAGAUUUUUGCGAGCCUUGUCCAAAAAAUGGAGAAUGUACUCAAGGCAAGUUGGACUGUGCUGAAGGAUAUAGGAGGGAUAGAAACAUAUGUGUAGAAGAUGGAGAUUUAAAUGAAAGAGCUAAGAAACUUGUCCGUAUUAAGAAUCUCAUUCGUUAUGGUACACUAAUUUUCCAAUCGGAGUCGGUGGAAAAUCGCCUUUGUCAAGCUAAUGCUCAAUUUAUGUGCUAUGGAACUGGAAAAUUCUGGAUCCAGGAGGAUGAUAUCUGGAAUGAUUUGGAGAGACACCAACUAAUGGAAAAUCUUCAGUCAGACAAUGCUUCGUAUAUGUUUACUAGAAAGAGAGCAAUGGAGAUAAUUGACAAGUUAUUGGAGAUGAGGAAUAAUUCUAAUGGGAACAAAGAGUUGAAAUGUCCGGACCUGGUUGCAGAAAGUUACAAACCAUUAUCUUGUCAACUUUACCAGUGGAUAUUCAACCAUGCAUUUGUAAUUGCACCUCUUUGUGUGCUGGUAGUUGGAUCAGUGUGGUUACUUAGAGUAUUUCAACGUAGAUGGUAUCUAUCAGCCAGAUGCGAAGAGCUCUACCACCAGGUCUGUGAGGUACUUGAAGAGAAUGCCUUGAUAUCAAAGCAACCAAAUGGUGAAUCUGAACCUUGGGUCGUUGCCUCUCAGUUACGAGAUUAUUUGCUUGCGUCUAAAGAAAGGAAAGAUCCUGUGUUGUGGAAAAGGGUGGAGCAGUUGGUACAGGAAGAUUCUCGAGUAGAUCGGUAUCCUAAGCUUGUGAAGGGUGAAUCAAAAGUUGUGUGGGAAUGGCAAGUUGAAGGUUCCUGGAGUUCAGCGAGGAUGAGAAAGAAAAGAGAAUCGAGCAAGUCGAAGUCCCGUGAAGGCCUUGGUGCAGAGUUUGGUAAACAAAUCCAUGCAUUGAAUUCUGGUGCACUUUUAGCUGAAUGAUUUUAAUAUCAUACUUGAAACUUGUGUUAUUUUGCUGAACAUUUCUUGUGCCAUAAGUUACAUCAUUUUGGGAUUUACAAGCACAAAAUGCCUGUUAAGGGCCCUAGAUAUUGCUGUUUAGGUGCCUGAUGAUUGUAUAGUUUGUAAAUGUGAUGGAAAAUGGUAUUAUUCAAAGAGGAUGGAAAAUCAAUCAAAUCGGCUAGUUUAGCCCAUUCACAAAUGACAAA